AUGCUAGAAAUCGGUGACGAUCAUUUUCGUUCAAAUAGAAAUCAACAUCUUAAAAAAUUUAUCAACAAUGUCAAUAAAGAUUUCAACUAUUCGACUCCGAAUUUAUUUAUCACUAGUGAUGUUACUAAAGACAGUAAUUUAAUUACACCCCUUAUUGAAGCUCUCCCCUGUUCAUAUAUGCUUUUAGAUUUUGAUCCUUUACUUGAACCUUAUAGAACACUUGUGAAUCCAAUAGACAAUAAAAUAUUACAUAAAUUUUUAUUGCCUUUAACCGACCUUAUGGUGGCUGCAAGAGCUUCAAAUAUUUACUCUAUGCAUGCUAGUACAUUUGUGCCAGUAAAAAUUUCUUCAGUCUUAAAUGAAGCUGAUAAAGAAUGUGAUGCUGUUUUUACUGAUGUUGGCUUUACUGGAAGCUAA